GACGGCUCCGAUGCUCGCGCGUCCGUCCGUCCGCCCCAGGCACAGCGACCCUCCCGGCAGCCCAGAAGAGGCGGAGGAGGAGGAGGAGACCCCCGCCCACCCACCACCCACCGCCCACCGCACCCCAACCGCCGGAGGAGAGCGGGAACGCCCCAGCCACCAAACCAGACCCGACUUCUGCUUUCUGCCUUCCAAGAGGUGCAGGUAUUCCACCCGCCGCCGUCCUUGGAUGCUGUCAAGCUGCUAGACCUCAGUGAGGAGCUCGGAGCCAGAUUGGGUGCUCCUGGCAGGCAGGCGAGCCACCUACCAUUUCUUUUUCAAUUCUCCAGCGGCCACUUUCUCUACCUGUCAAAGUUCUCCUCUGGACCACCGAAGCUGCCCGGGCCUCCCUCCCCCUCCAGGUUCCUGGCAGGGUGGUCUCCCCCGUGCCAAUGUGCCCGACGCGGACCCCCGGCUUCACAGGCAGCCUGCCCCGCCAGUGCAGCAACCUCACCACCCUGCAGACGGACAGCAACCCCACCCUCAGCUCCUUCAUGUUUGCGGCUGGGGUGGUGGGCAACUUGGCAGCCCUGGCCAUUCUCGGCGUCCACCGGAAAGACCAGCGGGCCAAGACCUCGUCUUUCUGCAUCCUGGUGACCGGCUUGGUGGUCACCGACCUGGCGGGCACCUGCGUGGUGUCUCCGGUGGUCUUCGUGGCCUACUCCUGCAACUCCACCCUGGUGGGGAUGGUGGGGGGCCGGGACUGGCUGUGUAACUUGUUUGCCUUCUCCAUGAUGUACUUCAGCCUGGCUGCCAUGUUCCUUCUCUGCGCCAUGGCGGUGGAACGGUGCCUGGCCAUCAGCUACCCCUACGUCUACUCGCAGCACCACGUCCGGCGGUGGGUCAAGCUCUGCCUGCCCCUCACCUACGUCUUCAGCGGCCUCUUCUGCGCCCUGCCCUUCCUGAAAGUUGGCAAGUUCAAACAGUACUGUCCGGGCACCUGGUGCUUCGUCCAGAUGGACAAAGACAUGGCCGUGGGCUACAGGGACGUGGCCUUCUCCUUGUCCUACGCCACCGUCAUGGCUCUCCUGAUCGUGGCCAUCUUCCUCUGCAACGGACUGGUCAUUGUCAGCCUCUGCCAGAUGUACCAGAAACAGAGGCACCGCCGGAGGGGCUCCCUGGGCACGGGCCAGCGCCGGAAGAAGAGCUGGUUCAGCCGAGGGGAGGAAGAGGUGGACUACCUGAUCUUGCUCGCUCUCAUGACGGUCAUCUUCGUCAUCUGCACGUUGCCCCUCACGAUCCGAGCUUACAUCGGUGGCAUCGAUCCGGACCACAGCGAAGCGGCCGACAUGGUAGCCUUCCGCUUGAGUGCGCUGAAUCCCAUCGUGGACCCAUGGCUCUUCAUCAUCUUCCGCCAUGCCGUCUUCCGCAGCCUCCGCCAUUUCUUCUGCUACCAGCUCAGCUGGCCCUGCUGGUUUCGGCCGCCCAAAGGGACGACCACGCUCAGGGUUCAGGACAGCCUCCCCUGCCAAGCCCAGUCGGUCUGCUGAGAAGUCCCCUGCUCGGACGUUGGAAUUUGGGGCUCCUUGGCAAGGGGAAGGGGGCAAGUGGGGAGGGCCUGGGGAGCUGGGCGGGAAGGGCCCCCUCCCACCAUCCCCGAGAGUCCAAGAAUCAACAGGAACAGAAGGACCAUCUCCUUGGAAAAGCUGUUUGGGAAAGGAUAACAGAGCUGGGAGGGACCUUGGAGGUCUUCUAGUCCAACCCAGGUUGAGAAACGUUGAGGGCUUCGGGUGCAGGAGAAGGGAAGGUCCAUUCUGCCUCCCAAGGGGGCUAAAUCGGAGGGAGGGGCUGGGAGAAACACAAGUGAACAACCUGGGGUUUACUUUGCACCUCUUGGGCUCCAACACACCCUUCUCUGACUUCAGGUGUGACUAGUGAUGCUCGCCUUUUUGGGUACCACUUAAGGCCGGAGGCUGCUGGCUGCACUGAAGAGGUCCGGAGAACAAGUGGAAAAGUCUUGAAGAAAUAAAGGAAGCACUGAAAAUAAACCUUUCUCUCUCCAUCUAACUUUAA